GGUCACACAUACAACUACAUCCAGAAGUCUCGUGCGCGAAGACGAUCGACGAAAACGACGAGACCGCAUACGGUAAAGUUAAGCGAAAAGCUCUCCGCUUUGCUAUCCACCUUGAGCACGGCUGCACCGCCGUGUCGGUGUCAGUCUCAGUUCAGUUCUACUCGACGAUCGUACGCAUCCUGCCGCGGUAGUGUUGUGUUGUAGCGUACCUUUCUAUGCUACGCGUGAGUGCCUGCAUCACCAAAAAAUUUACCUCACAACAGUAGCAAAUUUCGGAACGACCAAUUCCGGUGUACGCGAUUUCCGUGCGGUUUGGUAAACAGUGAUUUUGUCAGCAAACCAAGGCAGUGUGGCCUGUGUGCUCGACUGUGUAGGGGAGACUCAGGUCAACCGGGGCCAUGUCAGAGGCGGUCGUCAUGAAUCGGGUUUUUCGAUAUUUUAUGAAGUUUCAUGGCUACUUCAUUGCAUUCUGCACCAUCUUCUUCACGUCGGUGAUCAUCGUGACCUCAUUUAUGGGCCGCAGCAUACAAGAAGAACCGUUCAUUAUUGAGGAGGAAUAUGAACCAGUGCAAAGGUAUCCGGUGUUGAUACAGGUAGAAUCGAUGCUGUGGCUGUGUGCAUCUGUGAUAUUAGCCGUCGGAUUGUAUAAGGAAAACAAAACAUUUCUCAUCCCGUUUCUGGCUCUGUUCAUCAUCGACGGUGCGGUCGUCAUAGUGCAGGAGAUCGUGAACCUGUGCACCGGCCGGGAAUCCGAGCUGGCAAACAUCGAAACCCGUCAGCUGCUCGUGAUGAUAUUGGUCAACGUGUACGUGCUGGUCAGUCUAAUAGUUCUCUAUCGGAUGUUCGCCAAGGGACCGCUGCCCGCUUCGCAGAACAGUUUCGUUCGGUUCGAUAACGAGCGGGACAUCGAAAGUCAAACUCCAGCGGCCAGCGCACCGGGCCAGGUUCCAAACUACCAGAGUCAAGCCACCACCCCGCAACAGCUGACCACACAGCAGCUGCAGCAGCAGCAACAGAAUCUAAGCUAGUGUCGUUCGACUAGAUCGUAUUUAUAGACGGUAGGUAUGGUUUUUAGUCCGGUACACACCUGGUCCAGGUGUAAUCCGGCUAAGAGUUAGUGCAUAGUCAUUUCCCUAUCAUUAACUAUCGUUAUUAUUACAAUUAUUAUUAUUACUAUUAUUAGUAACAUAACACCGUUGUUGUGCGUAAGUGAUCUGUGAAUGAAUGUAUAUAAAUAUAUCAAGUGACAAUGAAAAAAAAGA